CUCUCCGUCACCAAACCCACUCUCUCUGCUCCGGCUCCUGCGUCUGGCUCGGCACAACGCACUGCUCCACGCACCGCACGCACAGAGGACUGAGCUUUUUUCUUUGCUACGUGUCGCGUAAUGGCUUAUAUAUGAGCGAGGACAACACGAGACGGACGUAAACAUCACCUUGGAUCAGCCACUAUAGGGACCCCUCCCCGCGCGUGACACCAGCUGCAGGAGCACAGGACCGGGACUUAACAGUGGACAGAGCAGGAGCACAGCGGGAGUGUAUGGCUUUAAAAAGUUACCGCGAGGACAUGGACAUCUGACGCGCGCGUUUGUUUCUGUUUGCGUGAGACUGUGUUCAUCUGUGGACUUAAGUACGACUGGAGCACCGUGCGCGAGGACUGCACGCGCUCACGGCUGUAGCUGGAGCUCUCUGUGUUCGCGAGGACAGUCUGCUUUGACAACGCACGCACGCGGACGCCGUGAACAAGUGUCACCGAGUCCCGUGUGUCACUCCUCCGUUUUGUCUCGCGCUGCGGGCGGCUGUGUGACUGCCCACAGCGCGUGCCCAUGUGAACGAGAGUCGUCACCUGUCCCGCAGAAGAGCCGUCCCAGACCCGAGGAUAGUGAUGCUGGCAGUAGAGGUGGAGAUGGUGCUGUUCGCCUGUCUGCUGCUCUGGAUGUGUGUUUUCAGCCAGGAGCCCAGCUCCAAAGUGGUGGCUGACCGCUACGCGGUCUUCUGGAACCGGACAAAUGCCAGGUUCCAUCGCGGGGACUACCACAUCGACGUGUGCAUAAACGACUACCUGGACGUGUACUGCCCCCACUACGAGGACAGCGUGCCGGAGGAGCGGACGGAGCGUUACGUGCUGUACAUGGUCAACUACGACGGCUACAGCACGUGCGACCACACGGCUAAGGGCUUUAAACGCUGGGAGUGCAACCGGCCCCACUCCCCCAACGGGCCGCUCAAGUUCUCCGAGAAGUUCCAGCUCUUCACCCCCUUCUCCUUGGGCUUCGAGUUCAGACCGGGACGAGAAUACUACUACAUCUCGUCGACCAUCGCAGAGAAUGGGAGGAAAACAUGCCUGAAGCUCAAAGUAUACGUCCGACCAUCAAACACCUGUAUCAAAACUAUAGGUGUACAUGACCGCGUUUUUGACGUAAACGACAAAGUAGACAAUACGUUAGAACCACGAGACGACACCAGCCACGAAUCCGCCGAGCCAUCUCGAAGCGAAGAAACAAACGCCGCAUCACAUCUCCGGAAAUCCUCUCUUCUGGCUGUGUUGUUGGCGUGCCUAGUGGCUCUCUACACUUUAUAGCGCCCCCCUCGUUCCUGGAGGGGAAACUACACCUAGCGUGGCCUGAAUCUGCAGGGAAAGGGGCGGGAUUUGGGUGGAGCGUGUCAGCCUGAUUUGGAGAGUCAGAACAAGCUUCUCAUGGAACCCUUUUUUCCAACGUCAAAAAGAUAUUUAGAUGGUCUUUUUCUCCGUUCGCAAGUUGGAAGCGGGAGAGACAGUUCCCCCUCUUAAACCUUCAAACUAAGAUGCCAAAUGCCAUUUUUUGACACUUAGUGAUUCUUGUUAUCCCUUUAUAUUUUUUGUGGCUGCAACAUUGACAUUUACCCAUCCCACAGUAGCGCACAUACAGACAAAAACACUUCAUUAAUAAUAAUAACCCAUAGCAUAGGAAACUGUCAGUUGCAUAGAAACUAGUAGUGUUACUCCAUAUGGAUGUUCGGAUUUUAGCUCUUUAAAUGCCUGUAUAUACACGUUAAAGUUGUCCCGAGACCUCUCUAGAAGCCUUUCUCAAACAUUUGAUGGAAGCCUGCUGCUUGGUACAAUGCUAUUUUUGCACCUCUAUUUCGCCGGUGCCAGCGCAGCACAAAGAAUUGAAAAGCAAAAUGGCUCAGAGCCGAGGUCACAAAUUGGAGCAGCACUGAAGGACAUGCACCUUAAGAGAUGCAAAACAUAUGCGCUGUCCUGCCUUGGAUUCAGCGUGUAUGGGUAGGAUGAUAAGCUUCUUUUUAGCGAUUGAAACAGCAGAAGUUGAUCUCGUAAACUGUCUGGCCAAGCGUUCCGUGAGCUGCACCCGGCAUGAAGGAUCGAUAUCUUUUGAAAGCUGAUCACACAAUUUCACGGCGUCUGUCGGAUUCAUUUUAGCUAACAUUUACCGGGCUGCUCUCUGUAUUAACACUUCAUAAACGUUAGCGUUCUUGGCUGAAAAAAAAAGGUUAAAAGCCUAAUUGGACAGGUUAUAAUUUUCUAGGAUGUUAAAUUAUACGGCGUUGCAGCACUGUGUUUUUUGUGUUUUGCACUGUUUUAUGGAUAACAGUAAAAUGCAAGUUUUAUUAGAGAAGACAUCACUACAAUAGAACUAGCAAGUUAAAUUGGUCAUAUUCACAACUAAUAGUGCAGCAUUCACAAAAUGUAGUGUUUAUUAUCCACGGUGAAUUUUAGCUUUAUGUAGUGUGGUCAGUUUUAUGAUAGCACUUAAAUUUAAAGGAAGACACUGUGCUUUAAUGAUCUUUUCUUCUCAUUUACACUUCCAGUUAGCAAACCAGCCCCUUUUAACGUGCCAACACACACAUAUACGCCACAGUAUGCGAUAAUACAUUUAAAUAAGAGUAACAAAAUUUGGCAUUCAUUUAAGAACGCAUGCUAGCAUCUUUUAUUAUUUUACUUUACAAAAUCAUCAUUCAUUUCCAGUUAUAUUGAAAAGCUAUUUGACUAAAAAGCACUUAAUUAAUUUCGGAAUAUUUUGUCUUUACAGCAGUGCAAAAAUAUAAUUAGUGUAUUUACAGUCAAAAUAAAUUACAAAGUAUCCAAAUCAAUGUGUUCACUCUUAUAAAAAUCUGUGCCAAAAACGCAAAAACAUAAGGAAAGUAAUUUAAUUUAAUGUUGUUUUAAUGUAAAUAUAAUUAAAGUUUUAGGAUCUAUUGCAGAAUUUCAGUUACCAGCUUCAUAAUAGUUUGUAGUUAUUUUUUAUAAUUCACUUCAGAACUCUACUACAGUCGCAGUUGUGUACUUUCUGAUGUUUUUUUAGUAACUACAGCCAGGUUGUAUUUCAGGUUGUAUGGCCUGUCUUUUCUUUUUUCAGUGUAGCAUUGUAGGAAAACGUGGACGUCCAUUAGCUCAGUGAAGACAUUGGAAUUGCAUAAAUAAAUUAAAACCUUAGCACACGAGAUGUUGCAUGACCUUUGGCUCUUAGAAAUACUAGUUUAGGUUCGUCUUUAAUGAGGUUCAAAAUGACGGGCAUUUGGACCCCAUGUUGCGGCAAUGAGGGAGCGUAUCGUGGUAUUAAAAAUAGAUGGUGGAAGGCUUGGGCGGAGGAGAAGGGUGGGGGUCUCGGGAGGGGAGGGUGUAGAUUUCCAUCGUGUUGGGGGGUUCAAGCACCAAUGACCUUGCAGAAUCUGUGAGUGAAGGAGAUGGAAAGAAUGAGAGGAGAGACACACACAUAGCCCCAUAUCGUAGUGCCUAACUAAACUCCACUAAACCCCACUGGAAGACCAUCCAAACACGACAAUAUCAUUCAAAGGCAAGCGCUGUUUUUGUUUUGUUCCUUUGUCUAGCUGCCUUUUUUACCUAACAAUGAACUGCCUUCAACUUUUUUGCGGUUUUGGUUUGUGCUCUGCGCUAACAAUGCUAUCACAGCGGCAUGGAGGCUCAGCUGUGUGGUCUGUAACUGGAGAUGGCCAUUUUAAUGCGGUACUAAUUUCCAAGAGAUUACCACAGGGAACUCACCGAGAAUCAAAAUGGACGCUUGUCAGCCGCUUCGGAAAACCAGCUUUUUGAUUGUACUCUAUUACAAUUACCAAUAUUUGCCAUUAUCACUAAUAUCACCAUGAUUUAUUCAACUGGGAAAUGAGGAUCAACUUUUUUAAGUGGAUACUGUGUAUCCUGAGGUAGUCAACCAUAAAACAAGUAGUAUUAGGUUAGUAUCCGUUUUGUACCUUUCUGGAGGACAAAAGAAAAAAGAGACACAUAAUUGUUAAAACUGUAUAAUUAUUAUUGUUAUGACUAUUAUUAUUAUUAUUAGGAGAGGAUCUUGAUGUAAAUAGUGUUUGAUAUUAAAGUAUUAAUUUGGUUCUUAUGUCUUUUUCUAAAAAAUGAUCAUGGUAUAUCCUCAAUGCCUACUAAACUUUAAUGAGCUAUUGUACAGUUGGGGAGCUGCACAGCGAAAGUGUGCAGAUGGUUAUGGACUUUUAGCCGCAGAGGGGCUCACCUGUUCCAUGUUUUCAAACCAACCUCCGCCAUUUUUUUUCACUAAAGGACCCUGCCUUGGAAGGACACUCGGAACUGGGCGCGGAUUUGGGAAUUUUUGUACUUGUUUUGCCUUGAGUGUUUGGAAGCAUGUUGGGGCGGCUCGGAGCGACGCCGCAGAGUGGACUUAAUCGAAGGGUCUUGUCAGUUUUCAUUUUGUGGCAUGCGCAUGAACUUAAUGACAUGUUUGGAGUUUUCAAAAUGAAGUGUUUUUUUUCUGUUUUUCUUUAGGUUUUCAUGUUAGAUCACUUUAUGUGUGUGUGUGUGUGUAUUUUUGCAUCCCCAUUUGAGUGGCGUUGUGACAAAAUGUACAUAACACAUUUGAAUCAUUGUAAAGUUCCAGAGAAGGUUUGGCCACUUGUAGUCGUUAUUUUCUUACUGAUGACCUCUUUCUGUACCCAUCUACUAAACACAUCUCCAGUUUGUCCUUCUUGAGUAUCCAUUGUUCACUCCCUAAAGCGAACGGGAGCGUAUACAUCAAUGUGUGGACUUGGUAAAAAAAAAGAAAAAAAAUACAAAAAAAAAAAAACUAAACAUGUGAGUUCCUUGGAUUUCUUGUGUGUGUCUCAUUGCUGUUGCCGCGGUGAAUGGGAAGCGGCGGCCCUCUUUGGCAACGGAGAGUGUUUCCCAUGCCUUAGCUCUCGAGCCUCAACCCUGGCAGCCAUGAUUGUGUGCUAAAGCUUUCUGCCAUUUGUUGUUUUUACACUCAACGGUUGCUGGCGUCCAAGAAGCUACAGACAGGGCCCUCCUCUAUCCCCACUUCUUUUUGAACAACCCUCAUUUACUUUUCCCUGUGGUGUAAGUCCGUGGAUGGGCAGAGUUUGGAGGAUUAGCAAGCCUCUUGUUCCACCAAAUCCAACAGCGGACUGUUAGCCUGGCGAUGCCCAUUCUCCAAAGGGCACUGCUCCCACUUCAUUCUUUGUGGCAUUCUCCUCCCCGUGCUUGUAUAACCUCUGCCACUCCACCCGCUGUUCCUACUUUUGUCCCAAGUUUUGAACCCGACCCCCACUUUGCCAUUUGUGGGGGAAUGUUUUCUGAACCUGCUCUUUUACAGUAUAUAAACCACAAAAAUGACAAAAAUAUCUGUAUUUGUAUAUACACGUGUCUGAGCUACUAUGAGUAAUACAAUAAAAAGGAAAUACAU